CCCUCUCCAUAACAAAACCCUCGAAACCAGACCUUUCUCUCCUUCUUCCCUGCAUCUGAAACCCAAAAUGGGAUCUCUUUCCGUACUCGAGGACCUCCAUCUGCAAUACCCUCCCGUUCGUAGAGACGACUCUGUUGUUGAUGAUUACCACGGCGUUCGAAUUCCUGAUCCUUACCGCUGGCUUGAAGACCCGGAUGCUGAUGAGGUUAAGGACUUCGUUGAGAAGCAAGCAACUUUGACGGAGGUGUUGAUUCAGUCUUGUGAGACAAGGGAGAAGCUAAAGAACCAGAUAUUGGCACUCUUCGAUCACCCACGGUAUGAUACACCCUCCAAACAAGCCGACAAGUAUUUCUACUCCCACAACACUGGACUACAGGCGCAGAGUAUUCUAUACAUGCUGGAUGAUUUGGAGGGAAAGCCAGAAGUUUUGCUUGAUCCAAAUAGCUUAAGUAAGGAUGGAACAGUCGCUUUGAGUAUAUCUUCUGUAAGCGAGGAUGCGAAGUUUUUGGCUUAUGGACUUAGUUCAAGUGGUAGUGAUUGGGUCACAAUCAAAGUCAUGCGGAUUGAGGAUAAGAUUGCUGAGCCGGACUCAUUAUCAUGGGUCAAGUUUUCGUCUAUUAGCUGGACUCAUGAUAAUAAAGGUUUCUUUUAUUCUCGUUAUCCGGCUCCGAAGGAAGGGGAACAAUUGGAUGCCGGUACAGAGACCAACAUUAACGUUAAUCAUGAGGUCUAUUAUCAUUUCUUGGGUACAGAUCAAUCACAAGAUAUUUUGUGCUGGAAGGAUCCAGAGCACCCAAAAUGGUCAUUUUCAGCUGAAGUCACUGAGGACGGAAAGUAUCUUCUUUUAUCUAUUGGGGAAGGUUGUGAUCCAGUCAACAAACUUUACUACUGCGACUUGUCUGCACUUCCUGAAGGGCUUGGAGGUUUAAGGGAGAGAGAUGAUAUGCUCCCCUUUGUUAAGCUUGUUGAUAAUUUCGAUGCACUUUAUGAAGCAGUAUCAAAUGAUGGCUGCCAAUUCACCUUCCGAACAAAUAAAGAUGCUCCGAGGUAUAAGUUGGUCCGGGUAGACCUCAGGGAGCCAAGUGUAUGGACUGAUGUGCUCCAAGAAGGUGAAAAGGACGUGCUCGAAUCGGCAAAAGCCGUGAAUGGUAACCAACUUUUAGUGAGCUAUUUGAGUGAUUGCAAGUAUGUUCUGCAGAUAAGGGACUUGGAAACAGGUCUAUUGCAACAUCCCAUACCACUAGACAUAGGUACCAUUUACGGGAUUUCUGGAAAGCGUAAAGACCAUGAGGUUUUUAUUAGCUUCACUAGCUUCCUUACUCCCGGCAUUAUUUAUAGGUGCAACUUAGCAACUGAGGUUCCAGAAAUGAAGAUAUUCCGUGAGAUUGUUAUAUCUGGAUUUGAUCGCACAGAGUUCCAGGUUAAUCAGGUUUUCGCACCUAGUAAGGACGGUACCAAGAUACCGAUGUUCAUCAUGUGUAAGAAGAAUAUUGUUUUGGAUGGAUCACAUCCAUCUUUAUUAUAUGGUUAUGGAGGCUUUAACAUUAGUAUAACACCAUCAUUCAGUGUGAGCCGAAUUGUUCUCACGAGACACUUAGGUGUGGUCUUCUCCACUGCAAAUAUCCGUGGUGGUGGAGAGUACGGAGAGGAGUGGCACAAAGCUGGUUCACUUUCAAAGAAGCAGAAUUGCUUUGAUGACUUCAUUGCUGCUGCUGAAUAUCUUGUUUCUGCUGGUUAUACCCAGCCUCAGAAGCUGUGCAUAGAAGGUGGAAGCAAUGGUGGUCUUCUAGUUGCAGCUUGUGUAAAUCAGCGGCCCGACCUUUUUGGCUGUGCUCUCGCGCACGUUGGUGUUAUGGACAUGCUCCGUUUCCAUAAGUUCACCAUAGGCCAUGCAUGGACUUCUGAUUACGGUUGUUCAGACAAGGAAGAAGAAUUCCAAUGGCUUAUCAAAUACUCUCCACUUCAUAAUGUGAAAAGACCAUGGGAACAUUUUGGUGGUCAGACAUGCCAAUACCCCCCUAUCAUGCUAUUGACAGCUGAUCAUGAUGAUCGGGUGGUGCCCUUACACUCAUUGAAGCUAUUGGCUACAAUGCAAUAUGUUCUCUGCACUAGCUUGGAGAGCAGCCCACAGACCAACCCGAUUGUUGCGCGCAUUGAUCGCAAUGCUGGGCAUGGAGCUGGUCGUCCUACUCAGAAAUUGAUUGAUGAAGCCGCAGAUCGGUACAGUUUCAUGGCUAAAAUGUUGGGGAUUUCUUGGAUGAACUAAAUUCUCCCAUGUUGAACGUCGAAGGAGAAAAAGGAAACAAUAAGGUGAAAAGCACAUCAGACCGCCAUAUACAUAUAUAGCUGGGUUUGGACCCAAGUUUCUCAAGUCAUAAUAACUUCAAACCCAUUUAUUACUUUUGGUUGUUUUUCUCUCGCUCUUAAAACCCUUGUCUUGCUUUGGGACUCUCCCUCCCCCUACAACAUUUGUAAAGCUUACCGUACAUCAGUUUGUGUGGAGCGCGAUGAUGUUUUCAUUGAA